AAAAAGAAAAGUACCAAAAACACAGCAGCAGCAACCACAACAACAAUCAACUAAAACGAGCUAAGCCAGCCCAGCAACGAAAUAUACGCACACACACGCACACCCCCACACACCCACACACACUCACAUAUAUAUACAUAUAAUGGCAGUGCCCUUUUAUCUGCCCGAGGGCGGCGCCGAUGACAUUGCCGCUAGCUCAUCGGCUAACUCGGGCGCCUCCUCCUCUUAUCCCUCCACCUCCUCAUCAUCCUCAUCGGGUGUUUCGUCCUCCUCAUCGGGCGCUUCGUCCUCGGCCUCAUCCUCGUCGGGCGCUUCCUCGUCGUCGGGCGCAUCGGACGGCGCCAGCAGCGUCGCGUCGCAGUCACCAAACACAACCACAUCGGCCACGCAGACGCCGAUGCAGUCGCCGCUGCCAAUGCAAACGGACCAUGUUUUAAUCGCACUCUGCGAAUGGUAUCAGCACCAUCAGCGCAACACUUCAGCCCCGCAAAUCUUUCAGUACCCGCCACCGCCCAGCCCCUCAUGCUCGAUACCCCAGUCGCCCAGCUUCACAAGCAACGAUAUAUUCUUUGCUCCCGGCACCCCCUGGCCACCACGCACGCCGCGCACCAGCAUCAGCUUUGCCGGCGUUGAGGAUUUCAAUGUCUAUCGACAGCCGUAUCCGGUGCCGGCGCCAUCGACGCCACAGCCAAUGCCACCGCAAGCGACGCUGGGUCCGCAGUCGGCGCCACCGUUGCACUACAGCCACAGUUAUCCGCAGACAUCACAGCAGAUGCUGCAACAUCAUCCGGCCUCCUAUGGACAACCGUUGCCAGCUGGCGCCUACUUUGCCACCUAUACGCCGCCACCCACGCCGAACACUGCGAAUGCCUCCACUUCCACCUCCACCUCCGCCUUUGGCUCUGCCUCCGCCUUCUGCCGACACGGUUACGGCACGGUCAUGGCAUCCACACCAUUGGCGCCAACUGGUCACAAAAUGCGAUUGCAGCGCAGCCAAUCGGAUGCGGCUAGACGCAAGCGGAUGACCUCGACUGGCGAGGAUGAGCGAGAGUAUCAGAGUGAUCAUGAGACCAGCUGGGAUGAAUUCGAUGAUCGCUAUGACAAUUUUACGGCUGGACGCGAACGCCUACAGGAGUUUAAUGGACGCAUACCGCCGCGCAAGAAGAAGACAAGCGGCGGCGGCGGCGGCGGCGGCGGCAACACGUGCAACACGCACAACUCGAAUCAAAGCCAAACCAACGAAAGCAGUCAGAGUCAACAACGGGGACGGGGACGGGAACGGGAACGGGAGCAGUCGGCGAAGGAAAAGCAGAAGGAGAAGAAACAGCAGAGCUUCACUUGGCCAACAGUUGUCACCGUCUUUGUGUUUGCCAUGGGCUGUGGCUUUUUUGCAGCGCGAUGAGUGCUAAACAGCAGCACCACCAAUAACAACAGCAACAAUAAUAUAAAUAACCAUAUACUUAAUUAAUGAUCCAUAGUGAAAUCAGCUAACGUAUAGUAAUCGCAUAUUCUACACAUACAUAGAUACAUAUGUGUAUUUAUAAGUGCAGUACAGUCAUCAAAUCAAAUCACAAUCACAUCAAAUCCAAUCAAAUCGAAAGUACGAGCACAGAAUGUAUUUGUAUAAAGUUAAGGAGGUUGACGGGACA